CCCGGCCGCGUAGACGGGGCGGCGCGGCCGCCUCUGCCCGCGCAGCCGCCGCUCUGCUGGCGGGCGCCAUGGAGGACGUCGGCUCGGGCGUGAACGCGGACGCGGAGGUGCGGAAGCUGCAGGAGCUGGUGAAGAAGCUGGAGAAGCAGAACGAGCAGCUCCGCAGCCGCCACGGCGCCCUGCCCGCCGCUCCCGCCAGCCCCAAGCGCCUGCCGAGCGCCGGGCCCUCCCCGCCGCCCCCCGGCGCCUCCCCGUCGCCCGACGGCCGCUGCCUCAGUCCCCGGGCCGCCGCCCGGCGCUCGCCCCCCGAGGAGCCCGGCGGCGGCGAGGGCGGGGGCGGCAAUGGCCUCCUGGACGAGGCGGCGGUGCUCAGGCCAGAGGAGCUGGAGCGGCUGGCCGGCUGCGAUGAGGACGAGACCGGCUGGUUAUAUACAUCUCCAAAGAAGAAACUGACUCCAGGGCAAAAAUGUGUCAGUCCAUUAGUUUGGUGCAGGCAGGUAUUGGAUUACCCAAGUCCUGAUGUUGAAUGUGCUAAAAAGUCACUGAUCCACAGGCUGGAACAAACAAUGUCAGCUCUCAAGAGACAGAGUUUGUACAGCAGUCCUUUCAGUGCGGUCAGUUACGCAAGCUCCUAUAGUCCAAAUACCGGUAGUCCCUACAGCAGUGGUUUUAACUCUCCCUCCUCAACACCAGUGAAAUCUGCUUUAGUGAAACAGCUCAUACCUUCUGGUACCUCAGGUCAUCUUAAAAGUUCGGGAGAUAGAAAUCCUCCGAUAAGUCCACAGUCCUCUCUGGACAGUGAAUUAAGUGCAUCAGAGAUGGAUGAAGACUCUAUUGGGUCUAAUUACAAGUUAAAUGAUGUUACAGAUGUGCAAAUUUUAGCACGAAUGCAGGAAGAAAGCCUCCGGCAAGAGUACGCAGCAACUGCUUCUCGGCGUAGUUCUGGUUCCUCUUGCAAUUCUACAAGGCGAGGCACGUUCAGCGACCAGGAGCUUGAUGCGCAGAGCUUAGAAGAUGAGGAAGAUGGCACACAUCACACAGUGCACCCUGCUGUUAGCAGGUUCUCACCAUCACCUCGCAGUUCUCCCUGGCCUUCACCAAAACAAUCUCCAAGAAAUUCACCUCGCUCCCGCUCGCCUGCUCGAAGCAUAGAGUACAGUCGAGCGUCACCGCAACCUAUGAUUAGCCGUUUACAGCAACCUCGUCUUUCACUUCAAGGCCAUCCUACAGACUUACAGACUAGUAAUGUCAAAAGUGAAGAAAAACUAAGGCGUAGUCUUCCAAACCUGUCCAGGACAUCUAACAUCCAAGCUGAGUCUGUGAAAAACAGCAGAAGUGACUCAAACUUUCAAGUGCCAAAUGGAGGAAUACCUCGCAUUCAACCUCAGGCCUCAGCCACUCUGCAAAGGCAGAAAAAUUUGCCUCGUGCUGCCUUCAAAACCAAACAGUUUCUUCAAACUCCAUCUGCAAAAGGAGUACCUUCUUCAAGUAAAUUCCGCUCACCUGCGGCACCAUCUCCCCUGGCUCUGCGACAACCAGUGAAAGCAUUUAGUAACCAUGGACCUGGUUCAGUUGCCUCUCCAGAAGUCACACAGCUGACGCACAGUAGUUCUUCACCAGGGCCUCUUGCAGCCCAGAGCUCAGGCUUGCCAAGCCCUGCCAGCAGUAUUAACAGUACUACUCUUACCAGACCGGCAGGGAUGAGGAGUGGUUUGCCCAGACCCAGUGCCCCUUCCACAGGGGGCAUACCAGUGCCUCGUAGCAAACUUGCACAGCCUGUUCGCAGGUGAGUCUGGGACAGGCAGUCUUAAGUUUUCAUAAUGAAUUUUGUACAUUGUGUAUUUGUGCUGCUCCUUCCUGCAAUUGUUAUUUUGUUCUCAAGGUCUUCAGAACAGAUAUGGAGACCUCCAUGUGAAGUAUUUGCAUGUGUUUCCAAAAUAGUUUUGAAUACAAACUGAGAAAAAGGAUCUUGAAUGGGAGAGUGAAGGUGAAGGAGUGAAAGUGAAAUUAAUAAUGUAAGAUAUUGAACUAAGUAAGUAAAGUCUUAGUAUGGGCUGAGAAGGCAGCAAGAAUUUGUCUGCAUGUGGUAAAAAGUUAUCAAAAUAUAGCUGGCAAGUGAAAAUUCACUUGUGUCACUAAGUGACAUACUCUGAAGUCAGAACUAUUUGCCUCCAUAACUCAAGCAGUGGUACCAUGGUGAGAACAGUUUCUCUCCUUGGGCAGCUAGAAAAUUCCAGAAGGAAGAUGCACGAGGACAGAGAAGACAUCCAUAGCAUUUGCUAAACUUAAAGUAAAAAUCAAUGCAGUUAACCCACAGGACAAAACAGAAUUUCAACUUAAACAUAAUUGUGCUAGCAUCCAGAUGUAGGAGUUGCUAAAUGUUAGUGUCUUUUCAAAAACAACUGCAAGAGAGACCGAGUAUUAACUGUGAUAGUGAAUUUUCACUGAAGGUGUCAAGCAGAAGCUGACACAAAGAAGGAGUCAUCCAUGAGAAAUAGUAAGAAUCUCCUUAAACAGAAAGGAAAAACAAUUGGUCUCCAAUACUGUUAAAA